AUGUUAAAUGAGGCGAAUAUUGAAUUAGAAAAGGUAGAUGAACGAUUAUUUAAAGAAGCUCAGCUUAAUAAUUCAAAAAUAUUGUUUCCUGGAAAAAUGAAAAUUCCUACAGAAACACCACCUUUAGAUGGAUGGAAUUAUAAUUAUACUAAACCUAUUACUACUACAAUAGUGAAUAAGGAUGAUGAAGUGGUUGAUGAGGUAGAUGAAGAUCUAAAUUUGGUUUUAAGUUCAGAAGAAAUUUAA